AUGUACGCUGAUCGAGUGGAGGCUCAGGCUAAUAGGUCAAUCAAGGAGCGCCUGAACGGCAAUUCCGCCGCCGCUUUCAGUCGUCGGAGGCUUCUCUCCGGCAAGAGACGGAGAGAAGAUGAUGGCAACUGGGAGCAUGAUCUUUUUGAGGGCAACAGGCCUCAGGUUUCAAAUCACAGAGUUGGUGUGAAGGAUCUUCGUCUGAAGCUUCAAAGGAAAAGCAUUGGGCAAGCUACUCAAAAUGCUAGAGGAUCUGCUCUCGGCGGUGCAAGGGAUUUACGUGAGAAGCUCUCUGGUUCACUUUAUUCUCGUCGGAUUGAGUCUCAUCCAGCGCCAUUAAGAUCAAAGCCGGCACCUGAAGCCAGUAAACCUGCUGGGAAUAGUGCCAUCACCGAAGCCCCGGCUCGAAAAACAAUGAAGAUUGCUGCCUCUAUACCAAACAAUAAGACUCAACAGAAAGUUGAGACGGUAGAUGGUUUCUUGCAGUCCCUGGGUCUCGAGAAAUAUUCAAUAACAUUUCAGGCUGAAGAAGUUGAUAUGACAGCAUUAGUACACAUGGGUGAUGAAGAUCUCAAGGCCAUGGGAAUACCAAUGGGUCCGAGGAAAAAGAUACUUCUGGCACUGGAAUCGAAAGUAUGA